AUGUCUGGAACUAUCCAAAAGAAGAAGACCCAAACCAGCCGUAAGGGUAAGAAGGCAUGGCGCAAGAAUGUCGACAUUACAGAUGUAGAAGAAGGACAAGAGGAAUUACGUGCCAUUGAAAGAAUUGUCGGUCAUAACAAAGAAUUGAAGAACGAAGAACUCUUUACCAUUGAUGUUGCUGGUGACACUAGUGUCAAACGCCGACUUGCAAAGGAUAAACCUCUCCGUGUCGAAGAAAUUUUAGAUCAACGUUCUGCAGUACCUGCUGUCAAGUCUAAAAAUGCUUUUAAAAAGGUCGAAAUGACCAAUGUCAUCGAGUCAAGACAUGAAUAUAAAAAUGUUGACAGAAUUUUGAAGCGCAAGGACCAAGUUCCUAUCAAAGUUAGUCAUAAAAAGAGAGUCAAGAUCUCAACGGACAAAUCAUAUGAUCUCUGGGAUACACCUGUCGAAGCACCUAUUUUACCUGAUACCGGCUUUUUGCCAGUAAAGGCCAAAUUAAGAGUACCAAAGACAGUAACUGAAAAACCUGCUGGAUUAAUUCAUAUUGCUGCCAUUGCCACACCUGAAGGUGGACAUUCUUAUAACCCUAAUGUUGUUGAGCAUCAACAAUUAUUAGCUAAGGCUAAUGAUGCUGAAGAACGUAAAGUCGAAAUUCUUAAGAAGCUCCAGGAACAAUUAUCUUACAGAGAAGAACUCAAGCAACUUGCCGGUGAAUUGUCUGCUACUGAAAUUACAGCUGAAGGAAAAAUUAUCUCUACCAGCGUUGACGAUGAUGAAGAAGAAGAGGAUUUGGAAGACAAACCCACAGAUGAUAAAGCAACAAAGAAGCGUAAAGCGGCUGAGCGUAAAACUCGUUCGCAACGUCACAAAUCUCAUCGUCUGGCUACAGAAGAAUUAACAAAGAAACAAAAAUUACAAGAACGUGCUAUUCGUCAACAAAUUGAUAAGCUUCGUGAAAUUGAAGCUGAAAUUAAGACUAGAAUUGAAGAUUUAGAUAAUAUUGCCGAGAAGAGAGACGAACGCAAGAUUGCCGAAGAAAAGAAGGGUAUCAAGAAGUUGGGUAAAUAUGUCGUCCCUGAAUUACCUGUUGACUUCCAAUUGACCGACGAAUUAUGUGAAACUCUUCGUCAAUUAAAGGUAAACAAAACAAAACAAAAUUGA